AUGAGAGGGAGACGGACAAAAAGAAGAUUUGAUACCCAUCAAUACUUCUGAGGUGUCCAAUUGACUGCCGUUAACGGGUUAAAACCUCGACCCGUCAAGUUUUAUCUCUUCAAUACUUUUUAACUUUGUUUCUUUCCUUCUCCUUCACAGAAGGUUCCUUUUCCUUUUCUUGGCUUAAUAAAGGCGCAGCCUUGACUCUUCGCUCUUGUGCAUCUAAAACUAUUUUUGCCUUUCUUAUUUCUCUUCCAAAAAAAUAAAGUGAGAGAGCCCUCUGCCUCCCAUUUUUCACUUCACCGCUCAAAGUUACUUUUGCUGUCAUCUCUUCACUUCACUCUAAGAUUUUUUUGUAAACAACUGCAAUGGAUCCUCGAUUCAAUCCGUUGCCUGAUCCUGGGAACACUUUCGAGUUUGAAGAUCAGAUCAAUUUGCCAAGCUUUGAGGAAUCUCUGGAAUUUCCUCAGAAUUAUAACAAUGACUAUGCAUCUUUUGGUGUCCCUUACACUGCACCAAGCCAAAACAUUGAUAAUUUUGCUCCAUCCUCAAACGCUAGCUCGGAAGUAGACUCUCCAGAUGAUCACUACUCUGAUUCUCUAUUCAAGUACCUAAAUCAGAUACUAAUGGAGGAGAAUAUUGAACAUAAGCCGAGCAUGUUUCAUGAUCCGCUUGCUCUAAAAGCUGCUGAGAAAUACCUAAAUCAGAUACUAAUGGAGGAGAAUAUUGAACAUAAGCCGAGCAUGUUUCAUGAUCCGCUUGCUCUAAAAGCUGCUGAGAAAUCCUUAUAUGAAGCCCUUGGCAAAACGUACCCUCCUUCACCAUAUCGUACCCCUUCUCAGUUAGAAAGCCCAAGUCCAGACAGCAGUUUCCCGACUUCCAGUGACCAUAGUACAAGUAGUAGCAAUACGCAUAGUAAUUCCACCGAUCGUCACUGGAUUGUUGAUCCAGGUGAAUCUAGGUUGCCUGUGGGGUCCAUCCAACCUUUGCUGCAGAGUAACUCAGAGGGGUCCCGUGGUUCUUUAAACAACUUUGCUAACUCGAAUGGCCCUAUGAACUCUUUUUUAAACCCUAAUGUUGUUUCAAGCGUGUUUACUGAUAGCGAGUCUAUCUUACAGUUCAAGAGGGGGAUGGAGGAAGCUAAUAAAUUCCUUCCAAAUCUUAGUCAAUUUGUCAUUGAUUUGGAUAACUAUACGUUGCCUCCAAAGACGGAAGAAGUGACCAAAGAGGCUGUGGUCAAGGUAGAGAAGGAUGACAGGAAUCACUCACCUAAUGGCACGAAAGGAAGAAAGCAUCAGUAUCCUGAGGACAGUGAUUAUGGAGAUGAAAGGAGCAAUAAACAAUCAGCAAUAUAUGUUGAGGAGGAGGUUGAGUUAUCAGAGAUGUUCGACAGGGUUCUCCUGCUGGGCGAUACAAUAUGUUGUGAUGGGAAUGACAAGUCUGAAAUGCCAUCUAAAGUAGACAAGAGUUUGGAUCAGAAUGGACAUGGAAAAACUCCUGCUAAGAAACAAGGGACUAAAAACGAAGCUGUGGAUCUAAGGACUCUCUUAAUUAGCUGUGCACAAUCGAUUGCUUCUGAUGACUACAGAACGGCAUAUGAACAGCUAAAGCAGAUCAGGCAGCAUUGUUCUUCUACUGGUGAUGCAUACCAAAGGCUGGCCAGUGUAUUUGCUGAUGGCCUUGAAGCCCGGUUGGCUGGCACCGGCACUCAACUAUAUGCUGCCCUUGCUCCGAAAAAGAUAACAGCUGCUGAGAAAUUGAAAGCAUACCAGGUUUACCUUUCGGCAUGCCCGUUCAAGAAAAUAUCAAUAUUCUUUGCAAAUAAAAUGAUCUUUCACACAGCAUCAAAUGCCAAGACAUUACAUCUCAUAGAUUUCGGUAUACUUUAUGGUUUCCAGUGGCCAAUACUCAUCCAACUUCUCUCACAGUUACCUGGUGGGCCUCCAAAGCUUCGUAUUACUGGAAUAGACCUUCCCCAAUCCGGCUUCAGGCCAGCAGAAAGCUUAGAACAGACGGGGACCCGCUUGGCGAAAUAUUGCGAGCGCUUUGAAGUACCGUUCGAAUAUAACGCUAUAGCAACACAGAAUUGGGAGAAUAUUAAAAUCGAGGACUUGAAACUUGUAAGCGGUGAGACUGUCGCUGUGAACUGUCUUUUUCGUUUUAAGAACCUUCUGGAUGAAACAGUUGUGAUAGACAGUCCGAGGGAUGCGGUUCUGAGCUUAAUUAGAAAGAUGAAUCCAGAUAUUUUCGUGCAAGCUGUAAUCAAUGGAUCUUAUAGUGCACCCUUCUUUGUUACUCGCUUCAGGGAGGCUCUCUUCCAUUUCUCAACUCUUUUUGACAUGUUUGAUGCUACUUUACCCCGUGAUGAUCAGCAGAGGUUGCAUUUCGAACAAGAUUUUCUUAGACGCGAGGCAAUGAAUGUCAUUGCUUGUGAGGGUUCUGAGAGGGUUGAAAGGCCUGAGACGUACAAGCAAUGGCAGGUCCGUAAUAUGAGGGCUGGAUUCAAGCUUCUUCCGUUGAACCAAUUCCUCAUGCAGAAGUUAAGGUGCAAGGUGAAAGGGGGAUACAAUCGAGAUUUUGUGUUCGAUGAGGAUGGCAAAUGGAUGUUACAGGGUUGGAAAGGCCGGAUAAUAUGUGCUAGUUCGUGUUGGGUGCCAGCAUAGAAGUAUCUGAAACAUUGUUUUAGUCAGACUUAGUUUAUAAGGAUGCUGUUAUGUAGCCAAAAACGACGUGUUCUUAGCUAUUUUGUACAUAAUGCUGGCUCUAGAAAGGAUUAGUCGCUGAUCUUGAUUUGGUGUGGUGAAACACAUGUAUGAAAUGUUAGUGUGACUUAGCGUUGCUUGUCAGUCUACUUGUGAUUGUUCUGUAAAAUUGGCCUAAUGGAGUUGUUGUCUAUUGAGUUCAAUUUUCAUUACGGAGAAAAGAGGAUAUUUGAAAGCCA